UCUUAAAGCAUCAUCGUGUUAAUAAACUGUUCACACAGCUGAACUGUCAUCACGUAAAAUACACAGGAACUUCCCUUAUUUUUAUAAAAGACUAUUAUUUGUGAAUUUAGGACUAAACGCCAUAAUGCGCGUCGCGCAGCGUCUUUACUCAUGGUGUCACUUAUAUUGCAGUGUUUCGUAAUGUGUAUUGUUACAAAUUAUAUUUUGAAUAAUGAUAUAGAUAAUUCGCUGUAAAAAUGAAAAACACUAACAUGAAAUCAAAGAACAAUGAAGAGGACCAACCCCCAGAGUUGGAGGAGUUGUUACAGAAGCCUAACAGCCUGCAGUUAUUGCCUGAUAAAAGAAAACACGCAACAAUUAUACCCAGUCAAACUACAAAUAUAGAAAAAUCUCGACCCCCGCCAGCAGUGUCAGAGGAUGAGCAAACCGAUGUCGUGAGUUCGGUUAUAGGCAACUACGGACGUUGGCAACUUCUCAUCACAUUUUUGUUAGCUAUGUUCUCGUUUCCUUGUACUUUUCACAUCUACCUACCAACAUUUACCGCAAAAACGACGCAAUUUUGGUGCCGAAGGCCUGAAAAUCUAUCACAUAUACCAUUGGAUAUAUGGAUAAAAUACAGUCAGCCUGUGGAUGCAUGUAAUGUUCGUGUUAUUUCACCAAACAUCACUUUGGAGUAUAUUUUAAAUACCAUAAAUCAAACAGACCAAGGCGACUUCACUCAAUGCGAUGCUUGGGACUUCAAUCGAUCUGAAGUGGGCGAUACAAUAAUAUCAGAAUGGAACUUGGUGUGCGACAGAGCUUACCUGACAAGCUUAGCCGAAGUAUUCUUUUUAGUUGGUGUCGGUAUAGGUGGUGUCCUGGGUGGAUGGAUUUCAGAUAGAUUCGGUCGUAAACGAAUACUUAUGGGUAUGGCUGUAACACAGAGCGUAUUAGCCAUCCUAGCUCUGUUGGUUCGAUCCUUCGUGCAGUAUAUUAUUGUGAGACUGGUGAUGGGUCUUGUAUCAGUAUCUGUGGUGUAUGCCGCGUUUGUAUUAUCUGUAGAGAUCGUUGGUGGAAAAUGGGUGACGAUUGCUGGAGUAUGCAACUUUUUUCCAUUGCCGCUAGCAUACAUAAUUGUAUCGCUAUUAUCGUUAGUGUUACCCAACUGGCGUGAUUUAACACUCUCGCUUUCAAUACCUGGCUGUGUGCUUCUUGUUUUAUGGUUUGUAUUACCAGAGUCACCCAGAUGGCUUCUAAGUAUGGGAAGAACGCAAGAAGCAAAAACUAUACUGAUAAAAGCAGCUAAAUUCAAUAAAAUUGAAAUACCAGCAGAUUUAGAUAAAAUGCUUAUGGUCUAUAAACAAGAGUUACAAGAUCAGGAGCCAAGCGUAUUGCUGUUAUUUAAAGGGUAUCUCCGGAAAAGAACUGUUUGCUUAUUUGUAGCUUGGUUCGCGAUGACAAUUGCAUACUACGGGCUCUUGUUAAAUAUCGGCAACUUCAAUUUGGGAAACUUGCACGUUACAUCUAUAAUAUUGGCUGUCGUCGAGAUUCCAGCCAUAGCUAUGAGCAUACCAAUACUUCUAAAGGCUGGUAGACGAAUUCCCAUUUUUAUCAGCAUGUUAGUAUGUGGUCUGGCGUGCGUUGCAAGCGAACUGUUUACGGAAUUUAUAAAAGAAGAUUGGAUUGUAAUCGUCUGCCUUACUAUUGGCAAGUUUGCAAUUGGCUCUACGAACAUGAUGCUGCCAAUUUUUACUGCUGAACUUUAUCCCACUAUGAUCCGAAAUUUGGGUGUUGGUGCAAGUCAAAUAGCAGCUGGUCUUGCAUUAAUUGGCAUUCCGUAUUUAUGGAAAUUGACGGCGAUUAACGAUCACCUGCCAAUGGUAACAAUUGCUGCUUUAAGCGUGAUUGGGGGGGCAAUUGUGUUGGUUCUACCAGACACUGCACGAUCCAAUGUAUCCGAGCCUUGUACUGAGAAUAUAACACCCACAUUUGAUAGCACGCCGCCGUGCAAUGGUACAUUCACUGUAUCUGACGAUAGAGGGCGCUAAUACAUCUCGCAACAUUUACCAUAAUUUUAUUAUGUGGAUGACAUUUGAGUAAUUAACAAUGACAUAGACAUUUUAACGAAUUUAAUAGAGAUUAAGAUAGCUGUGUAAACAUGUAUCUGUUUGUAAUACGUUUCAGUUGUAAUUUCAGUACCAGUCUGUAUAGAUAAUGUUGGAGAAACAUGCAAUUUAUAUCUAAGUGGGAGAAUUUCAUAUGAUACGGAUUAGUUAUGUACUUUCCUCUUACUCAUUUCUACCAUAAAAUAUGGGGUAAGUAUAAUGCUACCAUAUGAGGUAUAUUAGCCAGUGGAGUAAAUAAAGUACGUGCAACUCUGCAAUAUCAAUACGCUAGAUUUAAAUAAAAAACAUUGCAAUAUUAAUUAAGUUAUAAUUUUAGUGCUCAGUGUAGUUGUAGUUACAAAACAUUAUGAACCUGAAGAAUUAUCUAUCUUGUGAAUCGAUCGUUAAACGAUCAAUAUUUAGUGCAUUUGUGUAUUUACACUAAAAAAAAUGUUACCACCUAAGUCACUUAAUAAUUUUAGAAUGUAUAUAUAUAAGCUCUGUAAAUAGUAUACGUAUAUCUUAAGUAUAUUUAAAUGUGCGCGGCUGGUUCGUUAUCACAAAAUCUUUAUAAGUGUCUAAUUAUUAAUAUAUAUUAUAUGUUAUUAAUAUAAACUUAAUAUUAAGUAAUUAUAUAUAACUAGCUGUUCCCGCGACUUCGUCCGCGUGGAAUUUAACUUUAUUUUUCUAAAAUAAUAGAUUUUUCUAAAAUAAAAGUAGCUUAAGUUACUCGUCAAUACAUCAGCUACCUGUCAAAAAAAGUCCCGUAAAAUCGGUUCAGCCAUUUCAGACAUUAGACGUAACAAACAGACCGAUAAACAGAUAGACAAAAAUUUUAAAAAGUGUUUUUAUGGUGUAUGUACCGUAUUUAUAUUCAUAUGCAUGUAGUAAAAAACGGUAAUUCCAAUAUUACAAACAGACACUCCAAUUUUAUUUAUAUGUAUAAAUUAGAUGUAGAUUAUAUUGAUAGAUAUAAUGAACUCACUGAAAGUGGAAAAAUCCCGUUUAUAUUUUAGUUAUACUUUAACGAUAUGGCUGGAAUUUGGAAUGAUUAAAAAUAUAUAUAAUUAAGUAUAAUACCCAUUUCAUAAAAUAUCCUAUUGCGUUAAUACGCACAAUUUUUACAAUAAUACAAUAUUAUACUAAGUGAUAAUUCACUUUUAAAUAAUUUGUGAAAACGGUUUAAUUUUAUAUUUUUCAAUUCAAUAUUCUAAACAACAUUAUUUCAAAAAAUUGUAAAUAGUUUAUAGAUUAAUCAUUUCAACAAAAAUUAUUACUCUUUAUUUUACCUAGAUCUGAACAGGGGGCAAUGCGAUUGUAAUAAACUGGAUAUCUUGGUUAAAAUUGCAUUAAAUUUCACGUUUAUAAAUUAAUUUUAGGAUCUACAAGUAAAGUAUAUAUACAUUUAUCUACAUCGUUCAAAACAUGUGUAUAAUGUCACAAACUACGAGUAUAAUAUUAUGUUAUCUGUGGUAUAAAUCAUUGGACGCGAUUACUAACUCUUUACACUUCAGUAUAUAUUUUAAAUGUAUGUGUAGUUUAACCACUAAUAUAAGGGCAUCAUAAUGUAUCAAAUGUUUAGAGUAAAACUUAUUUAAUUUGUCCCCAAUUAGAUUUUAGUAUAAGUAGUUUUAAAUGUAUGAAUGUUUUAAGGAUAAGAUACAAUUAAUAGAGGAUAUUUAGGCUUCGUACUUAUUUAUGAGAAAUACAUAUAGAAUGUUGUUAAUGCGCAAUUGUAAUAAACAAAUUACUCAUAAUCAUAUCUACUUAAUAUCGUAAACCUGUUGUCGAUUAUCUAGUUAUUUCACAACGAUAAUAAACAUUUCUAAUUGUCUAAUAUAAACAG